AAAGUUACCGCCCUGAGAGACUGAAGAAGAUACAGAGAAACCUUUCGGGAGAACUAGAUCUGUCCUGGUGGUUGUUUUAUUACAGAUACGAUGCCUGUGCGGAUUGUCAUGCAGGGUCCUGGACCGUGGGGAUUCAGAUUGGUCGGGGGUAAAGACUUCGAACAGCCUCUGACUAUUUCACGGGUAACCCCAGGAAGUAAAGCAGCCCAGGCCAACCUCUGUAUUGGUGACAGUCUUGUUGCUAUUGAUGGAGAGCCUACAGAGGGAAUGACUCACCUGGAAGCCCAGAAUAAGAUCAAGGGUUGCAUUGAGGAAAUGGUGCUCUCUAUAGACAGAUCCGAAUCAAGAAUGUGGUCUCCCCUUGUUUCUGAUGAUGGGAAGACGCAUCCAUACAAGAUGAAUCUGGCAUCAGAAUCACAGGAAGUGAAGCAGAUUGGUUCUGCUCACAACAGGAGUGCUCUCCCGUUCAGUUCUCCAGGCCCCAUGGUGGUUACAAGCCAGUAUAAUAAUCCAGCCGGCUUGUACUCUUCUGAUAACAUCAAGAACUUUAACAGUGCUGUUGGUGGUGCCAAGACCACUGUGACCAACGAAUCAAGUAAUAAUCCAGAUCUCUCCAAGCCUGUCCAGAAUAAACCAUUAAUUGCUGUUGACUCAGAGGUGUAUAAAAUGCUGAAUGAGAACCAAGAGUCCAAUGAGCCUCCACGUCAGUCUGCAUCAUUCAAAGUCCUGCAGGAGAUUCUUGAGACUGGUGAUCCUGACAAACCAUCUGGGUUUCGAAGUGUGAAAGCUCCCACUACAAAAAUUGCUUCUUCUGUGGGUUUUACUGAGAAGCUCCACAUCUGUGACAAAUGUGGCUCAGGGAUUGUGGGAAUGUUUGUCAAACUGCGAGAUAAGUUCCGGCACCCUGAGUGCUACGUCUGCACCGACUGUGGAAUAAACCUGAAACAGAAAGGACACUUUUUUGUCGAGGACAAGAUUUACUGUGAGAAACACGCACGUGAAAGAGUCACACCUCCCGAGGGUUAUGAUGUCGUCACAGUCUUCCCAAAGUAGACGCUUUCCCAGCGAUGCCUAAAAACUGCACAAUGCCCUGUUUUGAGGAAUUCUGUGCAAAUUGUAAACACUUCCGGCAGUUUUUUUUUCCCCCACUGGGUUUUGACAGUAUUUGAAAUUGAGAAAGUAUUCUUAGACAUUCCAUGUUGAGGCAGUGGAACAAGUGCAUUGGUGCUUUAAUUCUGUCCAAAAAUGCUUAUUAAGAGUGAGUGACUUUUGCAGGAAAGUAUGAAUAUAUUACAGUGGUAAACUGAUGUUUCUGGCACAUUUACUGUAACUCUAAAAUAUUUAACUUUUGGGACUGUCAAAGAUUUAGGGACCAAUAAUUUCAUAUUCCUGGAAAAGUGAAAAAUCUCAGUGCUUCAGCUUUCUCUGGAAACUACAUAUGAGUAAUAAUACCAUAUCAUUUCAUAAUCUCAAUUUUGGACUGCUUAUUUUUAUGUAAAGUAUCAUGUUCUUGUUUUCAAUCUCUUUUCUGCAACCAUCAGUGUAAUAAAUGUGAUUGAAUUGAAUAAAUUCUUUUAAUGCCAAUCUA